AUGGUACAGUAUGGUCUGGAUUACACCCGCUGCAGAUGGAUCUUGCCUCUUCUGCUGGGCCUAGCAAUGAUCUUUGGCAUCAUUGCACUAGUUGGUUGGGGCUGGAUAACCUCACAAACGUUUCCAGUAGUGAACAGAGGCUCGUUAUGGACGCUAUGCUCUUUAGAAAAUGAUUGGCGAUGUACAUCUCUCAUGGGAUUUGCCUGGGGUAGAGGUGCAGCUGGUACUUUCUUAGUUGGAUUUGUACUCAUCUGCAUCUGCUUCGCCUUGUCCAUCAUCGCCUUUGCCAUCCCCACACUUCGCUUCAACUUCAUUAGAGGCAUAGGAGGCUUGUGUUUUGUUGCUGCUAUAUUCUCAUUAAUGGGCCUUGUCAUCUAUGCUGUAAUGAUUUCAACGCAUGUGAUCUUCCCAGUAAAUACUGUGCAUGUGUUUGAUUGGAGCUAUGGUUUUGGGUGGACCAUGUGCCUCAUGGCAAUAGGUCUUGGAUUCUUCUUUUGUUGCCUUCCCCUCUAUGAAGAUCAUAUUUUGGGAAAUGUCAAACCUGAAUAUUAUUAA